ACUGUUGGCAUGGGCAACUUCAAAGUGAUAUAUGAUGACGACGUGAACGGCUCUCGCAUCUACAUGUGCUCAGAUGAUGACCAGAUGUUAUGCAGCCACCUUAUUCUGCAGGAGAUGAGCAUAGAAUGUAAUGAAAAACUAAAGAGCUGCACCUGGGAUGCCCAUGACUUCGCCACAGAUGAAGCUGUGAGGAAGAAUUUCAGAAUUCAGUUCAGUUCUGCCCAGGCUGUGAAGGAGUUUAAGGACGUGUUCAAUCAGGGUUUAGAUCUUGCCAGAGAGAGCGAGCUCUCAGAAAAGGACAUCAUCACGGUGCCCUCAGAGAUUAUGACACCAGAGGUCGCUGGUAUUGGAGCGACACCUGGUGAGGAGAAUGAUGUGCCUUUCUACCAGCAGGGGGCGACACUGAAGGAUCUAGUGCAAGGUGCUCUAGAUACAAAAGAAGAAAAAGAGGGAUAAAAAGAUUCAAUUUAAACACAGAAUGUUAAAUGUUCACUUGUUAACAACAGCUGUUACAGGAAUCCUAUCGCCUGUCUACGUUUCAAGCACAGUGCUGUUCACCUGCAUAUUAUCUGUCAGAACUUUAUGGAAUUCAACAGGCAAUUUUGACUUGGAUACGAACUCAGUUUUUAUCAGUAUCAUAAUUAUGGACAAUAAAAUUCAUUAGGACAUUUGGAGGAG